CCCCCUCCUCCUUAUAAACCCGCGCCUACUCUUUCCUCGUCUUCUCUUCUUCUACUGCUCUCUCUCUUUCUCUCUCCCAUAAGCUCUAGCCCACAAACAGUAAAGCUCUGAUUUGGGCAUUUUCUUCACGUCCUGAUUCUGUUUGAUUGUUGUACCCAGAUAUAUGGACUCUUUGCCUGAUGCUGUUGUUCAAUUUAUCUUGUCCCAUAUCAAUAAUGCCAAAGAUGUGGCAUCUUGCGCUUGUGUGUCCCAGCGAUGGAAGUAUUCAAUUCCCUAUUUUCGGAGUCUUUACUUCCCUCGCAACAUUUUUGAUAACCUCAAAUGUGGGCUGACCCCGGAUUUGGUUGUGUCGGGGAUGGUUUCAUCCAUUGAUCGGUUAGAAGACCUUGUUGUCUACUGCCCUUUUACCAGUCUUGGCCUUGCUUCUUGGCUACUGCACCAAGGGCCAUUCCUUCGGAACCUGGAGCUGCGUAUGGACAACAUCAUUGAUCAUCAGUCUUGUGUUGAUAUCCCUUCCAAGUUGGACUGCAUUAGGGCUGCGUCAAAUUUGGAGUCCUUGAAGCUCUGGGGAGUCUUAAUGAUUCAUUCUCCUAAGUGGGACACAUUUCAUAGGCUAAAAAAUCUUGAAAUAGUAGGUGCUAGGAUGGAAGAUCCCGCACUAUCUGCUGCCCUACGAGCUUGUCCCUCUUUAACCAAUCUCUCUCUCCUUGGUUGUGAGGGAUUGGGGUCCGUAUCAAUUGAAUUGGCUUUUCUGCAGCAAUGCAAGCUUGACUUCUAUGGCUUGGGUAAUUGCUCGAUUUCUAUCACUUCUCCUAGGCUCGAACUACUUGAAGUUCAGGGCUGUAGCUGGAUUAGAGUCAGAGAAACACAAUGCUUGAGAGAUCUCACCAUUGCAAAUAAUUCAGGUCGAGUAUACAUAGUGGAUUUUGGAAAACUUGUGGCCCUCGAGUCAUUGUCUAUGAGAGGAGUGCAGUGGUGCUGGAAUGCUAUAAGUACAAUGCUGCAAUUGGCCAGUGAGGUGAAGCACCUCUAUAUGAAGGUAGAAUUUACGGGUGAUUUUGAUGCCCUAUUGCCCUUUCCGGAGGUUGAUUUGGUUGACUUCUUCAAUAGCCACCCCAAGCUGCUAACCUUUGACAUACAUGGUGCCAUGUUUGCUGCUCUUUGCCAGAAGAACAGCCUAAAAAAUGUGGACUCAAGGUUUGUGAUUCCUUGCCUGGAGAAGCUUGUAAUCACAAUCAGAUCUCCCUUAAAUGCUGAGCAGAAAAUGAGUACCCUGGAAUCCUUGUUGCGGUAUGCAAGGAACUUAAGAAAGAUGACCAUAAAGAUUCUUCAGAUGAAGAGCAGCCACAGCAGUGCAGAUGAUUUCUUUGAGGAUAUUUGUAAAUUCAGAUACAUCAACCGGAGAAUUGUUUCAAUUGAAUAACCAUCACUUUGACAGGAAAAAAAUUUCCCUCAUUUUUCUAAUUUGAUGUUGUAAUUUGCAUUGACAGAUGCAUUGUCAACCCUGACUUUCGUCGCUAUUCUUUCAUAGUGUCAAUCCAAAUUUUUUUAACUCUUCUUUGAA